UACAACAAGUGAUACAACCCAAUAUCAAGUCUAGAAACUUCGGAGAAACUCCACAUCUUGGUGAAGCUGGGAGAGAACCAGCUCUACAUCAUAUUUCCUAUCAGGUUAGCACAAGGCAAAGAAGCCCCUAGGCUAAGCUACCGGCCAGGUGCCAGGUAUCAACUGUAUCCGAACAGGUUGGUCGACAUGAUAAUAGCACCCACUCUCAUCGGAACAUCCAGAGAUGAACGAACCAGGCAAAGGAAAAUUGCUUGUUCAUGUCCAUGUAAGAUACCAGCGUGGGGUUACUUGAUUUCAUGCUCACAAGGAUAAUUGCGGUUGCAGGGAAGAAUUCAUGAUGGAAGAUAAGAUGCAGUCAACCUCCAUCCAAAGACGUUGGCAUGUGUUUGCUGCGGCCAUUAGGCCAAUUGACCAAAUGAGUCAUAGCCCGACUUCGCCACGCCAAAUUCUUCUCUAUGGAGAGAGUUCAGAGCGGCUGGAUCUUGGACUUUUGAUUGUUCAACCUACAGUGCAUAGCGGGGCUAGCGUGUCCCUCAUUCUGCUUUGAACUUGAAUUCUUUCCAACCUUGGAACACGACCAACGGCCAAACCCCACAUCUGGGAACACCCAAAUGUUCUUACGAUUGGUCGCGCAAAUAUUGACCUGACAGACGUCUGUCUCUCUGCCUUGCUGUAUGACAAAGACUAGUGCCACAUCGUUGGCAAGCCACAGCAGCUACGUCAUCGUAGCAUUUGUCAUAGCAGCUGAUUCUGCAGAAACAUAUCGGAACAACUAAUUUCUUACUCUUGCCCUGUAUUAUUAUUUGUUGCAUUCCCCUAUCCGGCCUAUUUGACAGCACUGUUGUGUCACAUGUGCACUUUGAUGAACUAGCAUUGCAGUUUUUGUUACUUUUUCUGCUGAUAUAAUUCAGCCUCAUGGGAAUUUUUCUCACUGUUUAUAUAUUUUUAUACUCUUUCUGUUAUUGAGAAAUUUCAAAUAAAUUUCAAAUCCUUUCACUUUAAUCUUACUUCAGUUGUAUAUUAAUCAUCAGGUGCAGCUUCAAGUGGCCGGAAGGAUACACUGAUCAACCGUAUCAGCUCAGGCAUUCCAUUGCAAGCGACGCCAAUAAAGCGCUUUUGCUCAAUAGAGAUAAGCCAACAAUACGCUAUUAACUACAAUGCCUGUCUUCUCUCGACUGAUUUCGAUCAUCCUCCGUAUUGGAGAGAUUGGCUGCGCGGCGGUUGUAGCCGGUAUCAUCGGUAACGACCUAGCUCACUUUGAUGACGCCGAUUCCUUUCCGAACGCUCGGUGGAUUUAUACUAUCGUAGUAGCAGGAAUAUCAAUCCUGCUCGGUAUAAUUUGGCUCAUACCCUUCUCUGAAUCGUUUACGUUGUGGAUAGGGGACCUUCUCGUAUCAUUUGCCUGGUUUGCCGCCUUUGGUAUUCUUGUGAACGCCCUCAACAAGAUGAACUGCGGCGGAACCUUCGAUUGGGGCCACAUUACCGACGGCGGCGUGUGCGAUCGUUGGAAAGCUGUGGAGGCAUUCAGUUUCAUCUCAGCGAUUCUGUGGCUGGUUUCUGCGAUUGUGGGUGUAUGGUUUACUCGCCGUACUCGUGACCGUCGCCCCAUAGCUGGCGAUGGGCUUAGAACCCGCCGCGGUUUCUGGGGUCGCCGUCAUGCUGUCUAAUCCGAUAACUUGGAUUUCCUAGACAAGCCGCAACGGAAACUGAUCAAAAUCUACUUAAGCAACCCCGGAGUCGAGUCAAUAUUAUUGACUUAUGUUUUCCUUAACGUAACUGAUCUGGAAUUCCUUACCUGUAUCGCCAUUUGCCGCCUAUAUCCAGUCCUUUCCUCCCUCUUUCCCGAACCAAUCUCUAUCUUUCUUACUGCCAAUUUUCCCCAUUUAUGUUGAAUGCUGUGUAAUGGAUAUAUAUAUACCCACCCUACCGAAGCGACACUACCCCCUUGCGUCGUCAUGAUUAAUGUCCAUCUAUCUUAUCAUUAUUUAUCUAAUAUGUAUACCCCCACGCCCUUUUACACGACCACCUUCCUGUUCUCGUCUUAAAUAUUGCUGGCCUUCCAGGUUCAUGCCCUUUGACAGUAUCAAUCAGUUCUAUUCUCCCAACCCAGUUUGACCCGUAAGGAAGCUGGCUUAAUUCAAUUGUUUCUACAUCUACAUGGACUAUAAUAAUCUCAAAUGUAAAUACAAUUUUCGUUGUUCAUUGAUCCUUAAAUCUAAACUUGCAGGAAUGAAAACUACAGUCAACAUUGCUCUAGGUACAUUGGAGGAAAAUGUAUAGUAAAGAAAGAAAUAAAUAAAAAUGAAAAUAAGAAGCAUCGUUGUCGUUUGAUAAGGUUGGUGGUUCUUGCUUCCGGACGGGUCGUCCCGCUUAAGUUACCGAUAUCUCUAUUUCGGCGUGUGUCCGUACAAAACUCCGCUAGUCCUAUGGAAUGUAC